AUGGCUGAUCAAUUGCUUGCCGACCGCGACGCACCACCAGUCGGCACAAACUGGGCCUCAAACUUCGUCAGGCGACACCCAGACCUCAAGACGCGUUUUUUUCGUAAAUAUGACUACCAGAGAGCCAAGUGCGAAGAUCCAACUAUUAUCCGCAACUGGUUUAUGCUUGUGGCGAACAUAAUCGCGAAGUACGGCAUCCGAUCAGAAGAUAUCUAUAACUUUGACGAGACUGGCUUCCUUAUGGGCAUGAUUGCAAGCGGAAUGGUCGUCACGGGCUCAGAAAGGCGUUUAAAGCCAAAAUCAGUGCAGCCUGGAAAUCGGGAAUGGAUUACAGUGAUCCAAGCGAUCAAUGCGGAAGGCUGGUCGAUCCCGCCGUUUAUCAUCGGUGCGGGCCAAUAUCACCUCGCCAACUGGUACCGAGAAAGCAACCUCCCGGGCGAUUGGGCUAUUGCAACGACCCAAAAUGGCUGGACCGAUAAUGAGACCGGUCUCGAGUGGCUCAAGCACUUUGACCGGCACACAACCAAUCGAUCAAUUGGUUCCUAUCGUCUCUUGAUCCUUGAUGGCCACGAAAGUCACCACUCCAUCGAAUUCGAGAGAUAUUGCGAGGAGAAUAAGAUUAUCCGGCUUUCAUACUAA